GUGAUAGUAAUAUACCUGCAUGGGCUUCUCAUUUGUUCAGCAACUUGGGGCUUUAUUCUGAAAGUAUUUGCCGGAAGUAGCCUUUUAUUCCUGAAUGUGUGUGACUUGUCAGUGGUCUGUGGACAGCAGAGCCAAAGGUACAGCAGCACAGUGCGUCGAGCGGAGAUAUGGAGGGAGAGCUGGCCGGCUGUGAGCGCGUAUAAACCGGAGAGGAGAACAUCACAUGAAGAGGGAAUAACCAUGUUUGAUCCUGAAUAAACAACAACAUCUUCACAGCGAAGCCAGGAUCGCCUCAGAGACACCAGCGUCAUGAAACCAGUCCUGCAUUGAGCCUCUCCUCGGUGGGUUGGCAUGGCCCAGUGAUGAACGGAGUGGUGGUGCCCGGUAGCCCGGAGCUCUCCUCCUCGUGUCCACUGCCUGACUGGCGAGAGUUCUGUGAGCUCCAUGCUCGAGCCUCUGCUGCAGACUUUGCUGACAAGUUCCAGCGCUUCCUGUCAGAGAACCCGUGUUACGACUCGCCUGGCGCUGAUGUGAGCUUCUCACAGCACUUUGCCCACCACUUCCUGGAGUGCUUCUCUGCAGCGCUGACCCAGGCCCGGGAGAACCAGGCAUCCUCUCUGGGGGAGGACGGCUCCAACGCAGCGCCCAAGUACAGUAUCGUUCCUUUCCUGGGAAUCCAGGGCUGCCCGCUGUCCUACGGUCACGACCUUUACCAGAGACGCAAGGACGCCGGAGCUUCAAGUGAAUCUCUGGACAGUAUGGACAGUGGAGGGGGAGGGAUAGAUGGGGGAGGCAGUGGCACCACUGCCUCCCGGGGCCCCCAGCCGGCCCACAAGGUGUCUGCUCUGGGACAGUCCCGCAGCUCAGAGGACGUGUCGGUCAGUCACCCAAAGGCUCGCUUCAAGAAGGGCUUCUCCCUGAGGAACAUGAGCCUGUGUGUGGUGGACGGGGUGAAGGAGAUGUGGCACAGACGGGCCUCCCCUGAACCUGACGGUCCCUCUGCUGGAGCCAGGAAGGCUAAUGGUGGUGGAGGAGGAGGAGGAGGAGGAGGAGGAGGAGGAGGAGGGGAGGCUGCAGGUGGAGAGAAGUGGUCCCAAAAGCUGCGGCUUCCCAGGGGUUCCCAGAGCCACAAGGCUGAGAUGCUGGAAAUCCAGAGGGAGGGAGCGCUGAGGUUCAUGGUGGCUGAUGACACAAACUGUAUGGGCGCUGCACAGUGGCAGAAGUGCCGCCUGCUGCUGAGGAAGACGAAGAGGGAGGAAGGAGGUGAGAGGUUCCUGCUGGAGUUCUACGUACCACCCAAGUCCUCAAAGCCCAAAGUGAGCAUCCCUCUUUCAGCCAUUGUGGAGGUGAGGACCACCAUGCCGCUGGAGAUGCCUGACAAGGACAACACUUUUGUUCUUAAGGUGGAAAACGGGGGAGAGUACAUCCUAGAAACCAUCGACUCGCUGCAGAAAAACUCCUGGGUUGCUGACAUCCAGGACUGCAUAGACCCUGGUGACAGCGGCGAUGACAUUGAGCUGGCGUCGUGUCCUCAUGGUCAGGCCUCCAAAGACUGCUCCAUGGUGGCCUCUUGCAGCUGUGAGCUGCUGUCUGAGGGUGUGUAUCGCGCUCCAGAGAGGUCGUGUCCAACAGCAGCAGAGCAUUACAGCGCCCCCUCAGUCCGAUGCAGGGAACCCCCCUUCACCCAGCACCCAUCCCACGUGCUUUUAGAGCGCUUCCUCCAGUCCCCAGAGGCCCAGGGCUCCAACUCUUCUGCAGGUGGCAGCGAAGGAGCGAAAGAGUCAGAUGGCGAUGCCAGCCUGGCGGGUUACCCAUGGUUCCAUGGUACACUGUCCCGCGUGCGUGCGGCUCAGUUGGUGCUUGCAGGUGGGGCCAGGAGCCACGGGCUCUUCGUGAUUCGUCAGAGCGAGACACGGCCGGGCGAGUACGUCCUCACCUUCAACUUUCAAGGCAAAGCCAAGCAUUUGCGUUUGUCGGUGAAUGAUAACGGCCAGUGCCACGUCCACCACUUGUGGUUCCACACCGUGUCGGACAUGUUGAGACACUUCCACGCCCACCCCAUCCCCCUCGAAUCUGGAGGCUCUGCUGACAUCACAUUACGCUCCUAUGUACAAGUGCAGCGAAGCGCCACCACAGAUGUGACUGUGCCUCCAGUACUCACCCCACCAAGGGAUGGAGGCUGCCGGACAGAUUCAGCCCAACCAGCUCUCCACCCUCCUGGGAUCACAGCUCCUGCAGGGCCCCCUCCUGAUACACCGAUCUCCUCGAGCACCUCCUCCUCACCCACCGCCCUUCCCUCCCUCUCCCGCAGUGACCCAGGUACUGGAGGAGGAGUAGGAGGAGGGUUACAGAGCCGGAGCAACAGCUCUGAACGCCUGCUGGAGGCCUCUAGUGGUGCAUCUGAGGACUACCACGACGCUGACGGGACUCGCAGGGCCCGAGCAGUGGAGAACCAGUACUCUUUCUACUAAACGGCACAGGGCAGGGCUUAAGUCACAAGUUUUCUGGAUUUGAUGAGAUGCAGAAAGUUGGAGGUGACAUGGGAUGCUCUGCUGAUGAUGAAAACGGUCCAAAUCACCCGUCGUUUUGUUUGUUUGUUUUUGUUUCAAGGCAAUUUCCUGUUUCCCUGAUUUGAGAAGGGAGGUGAGAUCAUGCCGAGCAGUGUGUCCACGCUGAUAAAUCCCUCAGGGCCCGCGGCUUUCGUUUAAAAUGCAGUUGUCAAGAAUGUCAGUGAACAGAGAAACAGAGGUUGGAGAGAUGGAGCGGGAGAUGAGACCUAAAUGUAGAAAAUGAGCGUAGGCGGAGAAAGCAAGAGGAAGUCAUCCAGUGGAGUCAUAUGGCUUCGAUUCACCUCCUCUGACCACUUCCUGUUCACCCUCACCCAAAGUUCCCUGGGAGCAGAGCCUGUCACCACCCCGCUGAAGGGUUGAGAGUUUGAAAUGACCCUGAAGAAACAGCCCCUCCCCUCAGAGCUCCUACAAGUAUCCCGUUAAUGUUUGUAAAGCUGCUUUGAGUCUGUUCCGGAUAUCCUCACUGUCCCUGCAGGGUUCCCCUUCAAAGUCCUGCUCUGGGUCUCUGCUCUACACUAACAUCAGUACAACAAUCAUGGGUGUGUUAGUGUUAGCUCGGAGAUGUUUUUCUUAAACGUGUACAGCCUAAAGGGUCUUAGUGCCUGACAAUUACCUUGGACUUGAAUGGACUGUUGCCCAUAGCGACGAGGAGGAUGGUGUUGACAUCUUGCAUUAUCAUAAAAGCCCAAAAACUAAGUGCAGGUCAUUACUUUACCGUCAGUUUCUGCUAAAAACAUACUGAAUACACACACACAUAUGUUGUGUUACAUAUCAGUUUAAAAACGUCAAAAUGGAAGUUGAACAACACAAGUUCAGCCUGUACGAAUAUGGCAGGGUGGCUCCCAUUUUGCUGUCAUACUGGGUUAUUUCUAUGAGUGUGUGGUGGUGUAUUAGAGUCCAAAUAUUUUUCAAUGAUCGUGUGCUACAGUAGUGUUUCUAAAACAUAGUUUUCGAGGUCCCUCCGUCUGGUGCUGGUUCUGUAUUCAAGCUUAUCAUAUAAAUAACCUGUAGAUUAGAUAUGCUGUUAAUAUGAGUUCACUUUGAAGUAACGCCUUUAAGAUAUUAUUAUACCAAAUCCAGCAUUUAUCGGAGGGACUGGGGGACUUGUUUUUUAGAAAGGUGGCAGUAUUGCGUACUGUUUGUGCAUCCUGGUGUGGACUGGAAUGGUACAGGCAGUAAGGUGAAGGGUACUAGAUGGCCAUGCUGGAAUAGAAAGAUGUGACAUUGCUGCUUUACUUCAUGCUGAUAGAGUACUGAGCUUAAGCUUUUUAAGUUUCAAAUUUCACACUACAAAAUAUUAAUGUUACUGUAAGAACAUUUAUUACAAUACAAAAUAUCAGUUAUAAUAUCCUCUUAAAGAAAAAGUUCAACAUUUUGGGAACUUAUUCGCGUGCUUGCCAAGAGUUAAAUGAGAAAAUUGAUACUACUUUAAUGUCUAGAAAAUAUGAAGCUAUACUGCUAGCAGACGGUUAGCUUAUCUUAGCAUAAAGACUGGAAACAGGGGGAAACAGUAGCCCUUUUUGGGACUGUCUCAUCCACGGCGUGGGAGACGGUCCCGGAAGGUCCCAUUGAAAAGCUCAGGGAAGCAUCUGUGCGCUGCUCUUUAAUGGAGGCGGUGCAGUUAACUAGACGUACAUUUGCCAAACCAACCUGUUGCAGUUGCAGUUUCAGUGGAUGAAACAGUCCCGAAUGGGGCUGGGGGAAACAGCAGAACUGGCUUUGUCAAAAAGCUAAACAAAAAAAAAAAUCAGCCUACUUGCACCUCUAGAGCUCACUAAUUAACACGUAUCUCGCCUGUUUGAUCUGUACAAAAACAAAGUGCAAAAACGAGAAUUUUCCGUUUUAUGGAGUUUUGUGUGCCCGACUGUUUCUUGGUUGCCAGGCAACCAGCGGACACUCCAGGAAGUUACUGAUCCCGAUUACCGACUCCAGUCCGACCAAGAAUUAGUACAGCACAUAACUCCCCGUAAAAUGGCGAUUUGUCAUUUUUACACUUAGAUUUUUGUACGGAUUAAACAAACAAGACAUACCGUGCUUAUUAGUGAACUUUAGAGAUGCUAGUAGGCGGAUUUUGUUACUUUUGGACAGAGCCAGGCUAGCUGUUUCCCCUGUUUCCUGUCUUUGUGCUAAGCUAAAUUAGCUGCUAGUGGUAGCUUCAUAUUUACCAUACAAUUAUUUGAGUUGUAUCAAUCUUCUCAUCCAUCUCUCGGCAAAACAGCGAAUAAGUGCACUUCCCAAAAUGUCAAACUUUUCUUUUAAAGUGUGUUAGACACACCUGAUAACAUGAACAUAAAAGCAGACACCUUUCAUAUCACUGCAAACAGGCAGCAAACAGUUACUGUAUUUCAAACAUAUUAUAUGCAACACUUUUGUUCACUUGGAACAUAUCAAGAGUCGACAUCUGUCUUUUCAAGCAUGCUCAUUUAGCUUCAAAGGUGAAAUUUCACUUUCAGUCGGGGAGUGGAGGGAGCAGUUCAUGUGCCAAUCUGAAUCCUAUUUUUGAAACCUAUUUAUUCCUCAGCCAUUGUAAAUUACAUUUUUCCUAUCGAGUCUUAUUUAUGUACAAUUGAUUGAUUCUUCUCGAUGAAACAUCCUCAGUGAAACGUGUCUGUUGCAAGAGCCCAUCUCACAGAUUGCUUAGUCUCCCUUUUUAUUUUCUUAACACUUCUUAAAGCUAAAUUUUCUGUUGUCUGACUGAGUUUUGAAGAGUCUGUGCGAUUUUGUACAAAGUGAUGUACUUGACAUACUACUUUAUAUUUCUGUGAAUAAAAUGUGAACAAAC